AUAAUAAUUACCUCAGAAGAAAAGUAAACUGAAUGGCGGUAUGUUCAGCACCUUCCUCCUCAUCUCAUCAAUGAUCACUUCUCUCUUACCAUUUAUCUAAGGCCUAUAUAUAUAUACACACAUGUAGACAGAUAGAGACUUUGCAGCGACUCUCUCACCAGUGAGAUCAGAGAGAGCUCCAAAGAAGAAGAAGAAGGCCAAUUACGCUCACAAAAACUAGUGGAUAUGAAGAAGGGGACCUUAGGUCCUAAACUCAAGCUCUCUCUCCCUCCUCCUGAUGAAGUUUCUAUUUCUAAAUUCCUAUCUGAGUCAGGAACGUUCAAGGAUGGUGAUCUAUUGGUCAACGGAAAAGGAGUUCGAGUUGUUUCUCAGACAGAAGUUGAAACCCAAUCCCUUAUACAGCCUACGGAUAAUCAGCUAAGCUUAGCCGAUUUUGACGCCAUUAAAGUCAUUGGAAAGGGAAAUGGUGGAAUUGUGCGACUGGUGCAGCACAAAUGGACUGGGCAGUUCUUCGCUUUGAAGGUUAUUCAAAUGAAUAUCGAUGAUUCUGCUCGCAAACAGAUUGCACAAGAACUCAAAAUUAACCAGUCAGCUCAAUGUCCAUAUGUUGUCGUGUGCUACCAGUCAUUCUAUGAUAAUGGUGCCAUUUCUAUUAUCUUGGAGUACAUGGAUGGCGGUUCUCUAGCAGAUUUUUUGAAACAGGUCAAAACAAUUCCAGAACCGUAUCUUGCUGCCAUAUGUAAGCAGGUGCUCAAGGGUUUAUGGUAUCUUCAUCAUGAAAAACAUAUCAUACACAGGGACUUAAAGCCUUCUAAUUUAUUAAUAAAUCAUAGAGGUGAAGUCAAAAUCACUGAUUUUGGCGUGAGUGCAAUAAUGGAGAACACUUCUGGACUGGCUAAUACAUUUGUUGGGACAUACAACUAUAUGUCUCCAGAGAGAAUCAGUGGAACCAGAUAUGGCUACAGAAGUGACCUUUGGAGCUUGGGGUUAGUUCUGCUUGAAUGUGCCACUGGUCAUUUUCCAUAUUCCCCACCACAGCAGGAAGGAUGGAUUAAUGUUUAUGAGCUUAUGGAAACUAUUGUUGACGAACCCUCGCCUAGUGCACCUUCCGAACAAUUUUCACCGGAGUUCCGCUCAUUUAUCUCUGCAUGCGUGCAGAAAGACCCAAAGGAGAGAUUGUCGGCAAAUGAACUAAUGACACAUCCUUUUAUCAGUAUGUUCGAUGACUUGGAUAUUGAUCUCGCAUCUUACUUCACAGAUGCAGGAUCUCCACUAGCAACAUUGUGAAACUUAUUUGCUUUUUCUUGCAGGUGUAUACCACUGUUCUAUGCUUAGGUUAGGAAUCAGCUAUUGCUUGUGAAGAGACAAAUUUCUGCUGCGAGAACUAUGACGGGGACCCAUAACUUUUUACUUCCCUCAAGGGUCAUACUUGCCAAAAAAGAUCAUAAAGCUCUCUUAGGAAUCAAGGAAGCCUGUUCCAAAAGCAUUUUAAUUAUUUCUAGCAGCAAUGGUUCCCGCUGCAAUGGGAGGAUACCGUGGAAUGUUGCUAAGCUAGAAGAUUUGGAGUGUGAACGACUAUUCCGGAAAUCAGUUUACUGAUAUCACGGUUUGCAUUUUCCUUUGACAUUUGAAGAGAAUAAAGUUUUAAUAACUUCCUUUUGGCAUGAGGAAGGUGAAGAGCUUGUGUUGAGUUGCCCUGCAGAAAUUUGUUUAUUUUUUCCCUUUUAUAUGUAAGAUGGCGAUCAGUUUCUGUUUGUGUUACCCUCUUAGACAUUUUGCUUUUGGUUCUGGUUAUGUUUCCGGACUCGUAUGCAUGUAAAGCAUUCCAAACAAUCGUUGAUCUUAUGGGUCUUUUUUAUGAUGAAAAAGUGAAAGGACAAAACAAGUACUAAAUGGAGAAUGGGAGACUGUAUAAACUAUUAUAUCUGAUUUAAAAGAAAAUAGUUAUUCGUCG